AUGAAGUGGAUUCAACAAAUAUUUAUAUCUAUCGUCGUAGGCAUGGAAAUAUCUCGAGGACACCGCAUUGAAAUGGAACAAAUAACGGAGAACUCACAUUUGGAACAAUUUCAAUUUAAUAAAGAGCGCACAUUGAAUACAGGUAUUAAAGAGCCCUCUUACUCUGAAUGGGCUGGUUGGAGUGAAUGCCGAGGCGGGCGAAAAACUAGACGGAGACAUUGCUUGCGAAAGCAUGUGUGCGGCGAUUCGUUGAGAAUAGAAGUAGCCAGAUGGAUUCAAAAGAUGUCCAAAAAAUUUUCCGAGGGUUUUCGUCAUGGUCUACUUGGACUCAUUGUUCAAGAAAGUGUACAACUGUACGAAGAAGAGUACAGUGGUGGAAAACCGGAGAACUUAUCGAAACCGGUACUAGCUAUUCAACCUAAAGAUUCAAGGAAGUUAACAACAGUAAUGCCCCCUUGCGGAAGAAUUGGGAGGUAUCGUGGUAGUGCCAAAGAACGUAUUCGUAACAAAAUGAGAGAAAUGGUCCGCAUUAUAGGUGGAAGACCAGCGCCACCAGGAAAAUGGAUUUGGCAGGUGGCAGUUUUGAACAGACAUAAGGAAGCGUUCUGCGGAGGGACACUAAUAUCUGUCCGAUGGGUGGUGACAGCGGCUCAUUGCGUGCGUCGCCGUCUGUACGUGCGUCUUGGAGAACAUGACCUGCUAGUUAAGGGCCGUGGGGAACUUGAGAUGAGAGUUAUUCAGGCAGUCAUACAUCCAUUGUAUGAUCCCGAUACUGUUGUUAAUGACGUGGCUUUAUUACGACUGCCAGAACCAGCGCGACCGGAUCUCGGUCAUGGUGUAGCAUGUCUGCCGCGACCCCAACAACCCCUACCUCCACAUACCUCCUGCAUUAUACUUGGAUGGGGGAAGAGAAGGGCCACGGAUGAACACGGCACUAGAAUACUUCACGAAGCCCAGGUGUCAACUAUACAGCAAGGUGUUUGUCGUCGUUCGUACUGGCAAUAUGCGAUAACUGACAACAUGGUGUGUGCUGGAAGGGGCCACAGGGAUUCUUGUGCUGGGGACUCAGGGGGCCCUCUUCUGUGCAAAGAUCGUUAUAAACGAUACGUUUUGCAGGGAAUUACAAGUUUCGGUGAUGGAUGUGGUAAGCGUGGAAAAUAUGGUAUAUAUACGAAGACAUCGGGGUACGUUACAUGGAUGUACGACGUCAUGAAUGACAAGUACUUUGGUGAUUGA